CGGACCAUCACAGUAGGAUGACACGAAGUGCGCCGAAGGUGGCACGGGGUUCGAACCCCCAACCUCCUGUGGCCGCUGGAGACUCGUCAGGUAAUUGAAUUGGCUGUGCUCAAAAGAAUUAGCCUUUUGUUUUUGGAAAAAAUGAAAGAGAGUGAAAGUGGUGGAGCUGGGGGCGGGGUUGAGGGGUGGGCCUGAAAUAAUAACGCCCUGGCAGCGCGCGGUGGCUGUGUGGUUGGAGGGGGUAUCCCGCGGGUUUGCGGCACACAAGGACUCUUCUUGACGGAAUCUGGACGUCAUUGGGUCAGGGUUCUCAACUUCUCAGCAGAUUUUGCUUGUGCAUGCUGGAGGGAUAAUGUCCUUGCCUUGAGGAAUGGCUGCUUGUGGAGAUAGGGAUUGACGGCCCUGUCAUCGAGGGCAUCACCGCGAUUGCCGUAAUUAAUUGUUUUGCAGCUAUGGAGGAAACCAGAAAGCCCAAAACAUUGGCUGAUUACCGCAAGUACAAUUUGAGUACAAAGCGGCCUGUUGUUCAUCCGGAUCUGGAUCCCAAUGCCUAUUGCAGCUUGAGACCAAGACUGGCAGUGGAGGAUCCUACGCUGCAAGGGCUCAUGGAAAUGUUGAACAAGGCACAAGAGCGACUGAAACGCCUCAGGCUUAUUCCUCCAUUGCCGUAUGGUUCAAUUAAGAAGUGUGGUGCAGAGGGGUUGAUCCGACCCAGCGACCUAAAGGACCAAGCAGAACCUGAGGACUCACGUAACAUCGAAGAAGUUUGUGGACCGUUAAAGUGGAAGGUGUCUCUCGCAAGAAACCCCAAAAAGUUCAAUCCAGACCUGUACAAGAGAAUGCCAGUGAAGCGGGCUCACCUCGAACUUGUGAAAAUGACGGAUCUCGACGAGUUAGUUGCUUCAAUGGCAACCACUCAGCAACUAUUAGUGGUGUGCUGUCUUGCUGGCUGGGUGUAUCAUAGCAAAGAGCAUGAAAGGGUGUUGGAGAAGCUCAACUGGGAGAUAUGGGGCUCCGAAGACGCUCGCCCAAACGGAGAAAACAGGGCACAGAUGCAGCAGCUACCCCUUUUCCGGUUGGUCAAAGUGGACUUAACUGAGGGCCCUCUGCUCGCCAAGCGAUACAACUUAAAAAUGGUACCUACAUACUUCAUGUUCUUCAAAGGGAAGCUUGUGUAUGCCAGCUCAGCAUUCUGGGGAGGGGGAAGGUCAAGAGAAGACUUUAUGAAGCAGGACGAGACUCUGAAGCGGGGUUGCUACGACAUCUUCGAGGAGGGGCAGGAUGCGUAUGCAGCGCUGGAGGAGUGGUACCUGUUCUUGGAGACGGAAGAGGAGCAUAAUACUGACGCAAGCAUCAACAGUCGUGAACACGUCAACAACGGUAACCAACGCGUGCAGGUCAAUGGUGCAAACAUGGGGAUCGAGAGCUUGGGCGCGCGCGGAAACAACGACAAAAACGGCAAUAUCAACAACAACAGCAACCACGGAGCCGAGAUUGUGGGCGCCAGCAACACAGCGAUUGUUGCGCAUGGCCCUGGUGCAAGCGUGGAAUUUGUGGAUUCGUGCACGCUGGAUUGCAACAACAAAUGUCAACAACGAUAACAACAACGGUGACAACCAAAACAACAUCAAUAAGCUCGACAAUGACGGUUGGUCAAUCCCUUCUAUUGAGGGUAAUCAAUGCUGCUCACUAGA